AUGCAGCUAGACACUGGCUGGCAAAGCCUGCUGUAUACCUUGAGCCCCGAGCUGACAAAGUUCCACCUAAAUGCCAUCCACGACGUUGCAAAGAAGCUGAGGGAGAUAAACAGUGCUACCCCAAAGACAGAAGUAAAGAGAGAGUGGAGGAAGUUCGUAUCCGGAAAAGGAACCUACAGGAAACCCGAAGUACGGCUUACAGAAGAACCUCAUCUUCUAGAGGAAGGUAACGACUGGAAACUAGUGUUUGAUGAGGACGAAAGGACAAGACAAUUCCCCCAACAUAUUGUCAACACAGCUCUCAGACCUGAUGUGGUAAUAUACUCUAACACACUCAGGAAAGUCAUCCUGAUAGAGCUGACCUGUGGAAACGAGGAGAACUUUGAGGACCAGAGAUCCCGGAAAGAGAAGAGAUACGAAGAGCUAAUGGUGGAGAUCGAGACCGCAGGCUGGGAAGGAUAUCUCUUUACAGUAGAAGUUGGAUGUCGUGGAUUCUACCACCACACAUUACCCCGAAUUUUCAACUUCCUUAACAUCACCCGGGCAAAGAAGAAGAGGGCACUUAACACAACAGCGGUGGUGUCCCUGAAAGGUUCCUACACUAUCUGGCUUAGUCGCUACAACAAGACCUGGAGUGACAACUGGCAGCUGGCUGAAAGACCCUGCCCAGUUUAA